AUGCUGGAGCUGCCGCAGCGCCCAGGCAUGGCUGAGGGCUGGCUGAGCCUGCGGGCGGCCGAGGGGCAGCAGGGCAGCAUGGGGGACUCGAGCAACUUGGACGACAGCCUGACCAGCCUGCAGUGGCUGCAGGAGUUCUCCAUCAUCAACGCCAGCGUGGGCAAAUCCUCCUCGUGCCCCAGCGGCCCCGAUCCUCACGAUUGCCACCACAUCCCCGGCUUCGCCGCUCCGUGCUCGCCCCUGGCUGCCGACCCGGCGUGUAUGGGGAUGCCCCACACCCCCGGCAAACCCACCUCCUCCUCCACCUCGAGGUCGGCACACCCGGGUUUGCACGCACAGCCACCCGAGGACAUCGACUACAAAACCAACCCGCACGUCAAGCCUCCCUACUCCUAUGCCACUCUUAUCUGCAUGGCGAUGGAAGCCAGCAAGAAGACCAAAAUCACCCUCUCUGCCAUCUACAAAUGGAUUACUGAUAACUUCUGCUACUUCCGACACGCCGACCCCACCUGGCAGAACUCCAUCCGACACAACCUUUCCUUGAACAAGUGCUUCAUCAAAGUGCCCCGUGAGAAGGACGAGCCGGGGAAAGGCGGCUUCUGGAAGAUCGACCCUCAGUACGCCGACCGGCUGAUGAACGGGGCUUUCAAGAAGCGGAGGAUGCCCCCGGUGCAGAUCCACCCAGCCUUCACCAACAGGGCCCAGCACCAAGCGUGCGGCGUCACCGGGCCGGCGCCUUCCAGCCGUGCCAACGGCAACGUCCUCAACGUCAACACGGAGUCCCAGCAGCUGCUGAAGGAGUUUGAAGAGGUCACCGGCGAGCAGAGCUGGGAUGGGAAGAGCGGCCGCAAGCGCAAGCAGCCCUUACCCAAACGCACAGCCAAGGCGGCCCGGCUGCUCAACACAGCCCUGCUCACCCAGGAGGAGCAGACCGAGCUGGGCUCCCUGAAGGGCAACUUCGACUGGGAGGUCGUCUUUGACACCAACCUCAAUGGAGAUUUUGCCACGUUUGAGGAGCUGGAGCUCACGCCGCCCAUCAGCCCCAUUGAGCGUGAGGUUGACCUGGCGGGCCAUGGAUAUCGCGACAAUCCGCAGGAGUGGUGCAUGGCCGGGUCCGAGCAGCCCCUCACCGAGCCCAACCCCAACAACCUGGACUUUGACGAGACCUUCAUGGCCACCUCCUUCCUGCAGCACCCCUGGGAUGAAGAUGGCAAUGAUUUCCUGUCCAGCUCUGUCAGCAUGGAGCAGCUCUUUGAGCUCGGUGACGCCUCGCUGCCUGCGGACGUCAAUGAGUGGAGCGCUGCGGGAGCCUUUCUAUAA